AUCCCUUCUCUUCCUCUCUUUGCUUCUUUGUCUUCUCAUCUUCUCCUCUCUCUCCCUCCCUAGACAAUUCUGUCGGGAUAUCUACCCUCCCUCUGAGUCCUCCCCUUGUGACUUGGGCGUGUGGCAGAAAGCGGGACACUACCAACCCCAAGGAGAGCCGGAUAAAAAAAAGCGGAGUCUCCAGGUUUGUCCUUGUUCGGAAUCUCCAAACCAGCAAUUGAGAGUGUCUUCCUCUCAAUUGACUCAUCGCACAUCCCUUCCCUCCCCCCCUCCUCACACCUUAAUUUUCGCUUCCAUCAGCGCAGCGCGCAAUGGUUCUCGCCGCUCGUUGCGGGCAGGCUACGUCCGCCCUCCUGCGUCAGAGAUGCUUGGCUGAAUCCCGUCGAUCGGCCCUCGCUCUGCGCCCGUUCUCCUCCCAGACCACGGCUCACUCGACGGCUUCGAGUCUCAGAUUGUCCAAGGCGCCUUCUCCGUGGCGACCGCAGCAGCUGCGCUCUUUCUCCAGUGCCCUUCGUCGCUUGGCUUCGGAGUCCUCGAAUGCUCCCUCCGCCGACAGCUACCUGGCCAGCGGGGUUGUGAAGCCCGGCAGCAACCUGGUUGAUGUCAAGAAGGUUUUGGUCAUCGGUAGUGGUGGUCUGAGCAUUGGUCAGGCCGGAGAGUUCGAUUAUUCCGGUUCCCAGGCUUUGAAGGCUCUCAAGGAAGCCGGCGUGCAGUCGGUCCUGAUCAACCCCAACAUCGCUACGAUUCAGACGGAUCACAAGCUUGCAGAUGAAGUUUACUACCUUCCGGUCACUCCGGAAUAUGUGACCUACGUUAUCGAGAGGGAGAGACCCGAUGGCAUCUUCCUUUCUUUCGGUGGUCAGACCGCUCUGAACCUUGGUGUGCAAAUGAACCGUAUGGGUAUCUUCGAGCGCUAUGGUGUCAGAGUCCUUGGAACCAGCAUCAAGACCUUGGAGACUAGUGAGGACCGCGAUCUAUUCUCCAAGGCUCUUAACGAGAUCAACAUCCCUAUCGCUGAGUCUAUUGCUGUCAGCACCGUUGACGAUGCCCUGAAGGCUGCUGAGCAGGUUGGAUAUCCUAUCAUCGUCCGUUCCGCAUAUGCUCUGGGUGGUCUCGGUUCCGGUUUCGCUGCCAACCCUGAGGAACUGAGGAACUUGUCUUCUCGUUCUUUGACUCUUUCUCCCCAGAUUCUCGUUGAGAAGUCUCUCCGUGGCUGGAAGGAGGUUGAGUAUGAGGUUGUUCGUGACGCCGCCAACAACUGCAUCACUGUGUGUAAUAUGGAGAACUUUGAUCCCCUUGGUAUCCACACCGGUGACAGUAUUGUUGUUGCCCCCAGUCAGACUCUGUCUGAUGAGGAGUACCACAUGCUCCGCACUGCUGCCAUCAAGAUUGUGCGUCACUUGGGAGUUGUGGGUGAAUGUAACGUUCAAUACGCUCUGCAGCCCGAUGGUCUUGACUACCGUGUCAUUGAGGUCAACGCUCGUCUCUCUCGUUCGUCUGCUUUGGCCUCCAAGGCUACCGGUUACCCUCUCGCCUACACUGCUGCGAAGAUCGGUCUCGGCCACACCCUUCCUGAGCUUCCCAACGCUGUUACCAAGACGACUACUGCCAACUUCGAACCCAGUCUCGACUAUAUUGUCACCAAGAUCCCCCGGUGGGAUUUGAGCAAGUUCCAGCACGUGAAGAGAGAUAUUGGCAGUGCCAUGAAGUCUGUUGGUGAGGUCAUGGCCAUUGGUCGUACCUUUGAGGAGUCUUUCCAGAAGGCCAUCCGCCAGGUUGACCCUCGCUUCGUUGGUUUCCAGGGCGAUGCGUUCGAGAACCUUGACGAUGCUCUGCAGAACCCUACCGACCGCCGCUGGUUGGCUGUUGGCCAGGCUAUGCUUCACGAGAACUACACUGUGGACCGUGUCCACGAGCUGACCAAGAUUGACAAGUGGUUCCUCUACAAGCUCCAGAACAUUGUGGACUGCAACAAUGAGCUCAAGGAAAUCGGUAGCCUCUUCGGUCUCCAGAAGGAGGUCAUCCUGAAGGCCAAGAAGCUCGGAUUCUCUGACAAGCAAAUUGCUCUCCUUGUCGGCGCUACUGAGGAUGAUGUCCGUGCUCGCCGCAAGUCUUUCGGCAUCAGGCCCUGGGUCAAGAAGAUUGACACUCUCGCCGCCGAGUUCCCUGCUGACACCAACUACCUUUACACUACCUACAACGCUACCUCUCACGAUGUCACCUUCGAUGACCACGGAAUCAUCAUCCUGGGUAGCGGUGUCUACCGUAUUGGAAGCUCUGUUGAGUUUGACUGGUGUGCUGUUAACGCUACUCUCUCCCUGCGCAACAUGGGCAAGAAGACUGUCAUGAUCAACUACAACCCUGAGACUUACUCUACUGACUUCGAUACCGCUGACAAGCUCUACUUCGAGGAACUCAGCUACGAGCGUGUCAUGGAUAUCUACGAGCUUGAGAGCGCCAGUGGUGUUGUUGUUUCCGUCGGUGGUCAGCUUCCUCAGAACAUCGCUCUCCGUCUGCAGGAGACCGGCGGUGCUCACGUUCUCGGUACCGACCCCAAGGACAUUGACCGCGCUGAGGACAGACACAAGUUCUCCCAGAUCUUGGACAGCAUUGGUGUCGAUCAGCCCGCCUGGAAGGAGCUCACUUCCGUUGCUGAGGCUGAGCGUUUCGCUGAGACCGUUGGAUACCCUGUCUUGGUCCGUCCCAGUUACGUCUUGUCUGGCGCUGCCAUGAACGUUAUCUACAGUGUCGAUGAGCUCAAGGAGAAGCUCCUCAACGCCAGUGCUGUUUCACCUGACCACCCUGUCGUUAUCACCAAGUUCAUCGAAGGAGCUCAGGAGAUCGACGUCGACGCCGUCGCUUCCAAUGGCAAGCUCCUGCUCCACGCUGUCAGUGAGCACGUUGAACCCGCUGGUGUUCACUCUGGUGAUGCCACUCUUGUUCUCCCCCCUGCCGACCUCGACGAGUCUGUCAUGGGUCGGGUUAAGGAGAUUGCUGAGAAGGUCGCUAAGGCUUGGAACAUCACUGGUCCCUUCAACAUGCAGAUCAUCAAGGCCGAUGUCGAGGGUGCCCUGCCUGAGCUGAAGGUCAUUGAGUGCAACCUUCGUGCUUCUCGCUCCUUCCCCUUCGCCAGUAAGGUGCUGGGAACCAACUUCAUUGAUGUUGCUACCAAGGCCCUUGUUGGACGUGACGUUCCUGAGCCCGUCGAUCUCAUGAGCGUCAAGCGCCCUUACCUUGCUACCAAGGUUCCCCAGUUCAGCUGGACUCGUCUGGCUGGUGCCGAUCCUUUCCUGGGCGUCGAGAUGGCCAGUACUGGUGAGAUUGCCUGCUUCGGUAAGGACGUUGUUGAGGCCUACUGGGCUUCUCUUCAGUCUACCAUGAACUUCCGUGUUCCUGAGCCCGGUGAGGGUAUCCUGCUCGGCGGUGACAUCAACAACCCUGCCUUGUCUCAGAUUGUGGAAUACCUCCAGCCUCUGGGCUUCAACUUCUUCGCUGCUAGCGAGACCGUCAAGAAGCACCUCGAGUCGGCUGCCGGUGUCUCCGUGCAGGUGAUUGAGUUCCCCAAGGAGGACAAGCGUGCCCUCCGUGAGGUCUUCCAGAAGUACAACAUCCGUGGUACUUUCAACCUCGCCAAGACCCGUGGCAAGACUCUCCUUGACGAAGACUAUGUUAUGAGACGUAACGCUGUCGACUUCGGUGUCCCCUUGUUCAUGGAGACCAAGACUGCUCUGCUCUUCGCCCAGGCUAUGAGCCAGAAGCUGCCCCGCAAGGAGGGCAUUCCUGCCGAGGUUCGCACCUGGUCCGACUUCGUUGGCGGCAAGCUGCUGUAAACCAAUUUUCAUGGCAGUGAAGAGAAAAAGGGACGCAAAAAGUUUUCUUUAUAGAUAUAAUUGCGGUUGGAUAAGUGUCUUUCUAGGCACUAUCCAGCUGCCGUGUUUGGCGUAGCGGAUAUGGCUCCAUGUUGAUAGAUACGAUGUUUUACUGGCCCUGGUCUGGAGGGGGUUCUGCUUCGUCUUGGAAAAGACGAUACGAUGAAUACGUUCAUGUACUUUUGACUGGUUUUGUGGAUCAUUAGCUGUGUUGCCCAUACCUUGGUUAUCCAUGGUCUUCGUAGGAUGGCCAUGUGCCAGGGCGAAAGGCUUGGUGAGUCGGCUUUCUCACUAAAAUUGUAUUUUUAGUUGUUAUUUGAGCACUACUUUCUCUCCACUUCACAUGUGUAUCAUAAUUCUCCAGUUCGAACAUGUAGGAGGUGCUGUG